AUGCAAGGAGGGGACUUCAUGCUGUCCACCAACAUAUUGCUUUCGGGCAAUAAUUUCACGAAGGUUGCCCUCCUCUUCAGAUUCAUGAAUAUGGGUAUGGUGGUGCCGGCAACAUUUUACGCAGUGCAGGACAUGUACUGCGUGGAAGCUGUGAAGGACUUUUGGGAGGAGAAGAGGGCUACCGUCAUUGAACGCCUGCACACAAAGGACGGUGUUGGUGCCCCUGCUGACGGAAGGAUGGACUCCCCAGACCCAGAGAAAGGGAGGUACAAAGAUUUUGGUGUAAUCCAUUCACUGGACAUCUGGCAUGCAGCAAAAAAUUUGACCAAGAAACUUCAUGCGGCUGGGAUAAUAUCUGGACAGUCCGACAUACAUGUCUGGUUGAAGGAUAUUGUCAACCACUUUUGGUUUUGUUGCCAGAAGGCAGACAAUAGAGAGGAGUUCAUGGGUAUGUGGCGCGGGGUGUUGCAUCAUGUCACGGGCGUGCAUGAAUGGGGCCUUGGCAGAUGUCAACAUGAACCACUGCCUGCGGCGAGCCAUGGCAAAGACUGCAUGCUGUCUGGUUCUGCAGCACAUGAGGCGCUCUCGAAGAUUGUCCUCAACAGACGCUGGCUGAAAGAUGUUGAGAAGUUUCUGACCUUUCGACAAAAAAGAGUAUACAACAAAAAGUCCAAACGCUACCGCGUCACCACUGUGAAAGUAGCUAAGGACUACAGCUACAUCCCUCAGCUGCAGCAGAACAUCUUGGGCAAACGUUUGAAGGCAGUGGGGGGACUCCCAAGACGGAGAAGUAUGAGGCCAGAUGACCCACGGACUCUUGGUGUUCUCGCUGGAGUUGUACCCCCAACAACAGCUGAACUGGUCCAGGCCCAAAUCCGCAGAGGACAGGACAUGACAUCAGAAACUUGACCGAUGGGAUAAAGUAUGGAGCAUCGAGAAGUCCCAAGAGUGGUUAAAAGUGCAAUGUUUAUUAUAAAUAUGUAGAAAAAAACUCUAAAAAAUUAACUUUAUAAGUUGUAAAUACAAAAUUUGUACUUAUUUUCUUACUGUAAUAAUAAUAAAUUAUAAAUAAAA